CUGCCAUGCGCGACUUCGCUAAGCAUUGUAGCAUUGGCAUCGGCUUGAGCUGCUCUGGAGGCACAGGUUGCAGCCGAGAAGAUUUCCCAAGAUCUUGAUCCCUUCUCUUGCCACGUUGACAGGCCAGCCAAAUGGCGGAGGUGCAGGUCUCAGCAGCAAUGGAGGAAGCUCCUCCAAAUGGAAAGUUGGGAGAGUUAGGAGAGUCAGACGGCGAAAACACCGACGUCAUCGCUUCUGUCACUCUGGCUGAAGUAGGAAGCUUGUUGAAAGAGCUCAACGUCGCCCUGCCUGCGUUGCAGCGUGUUCUUGAUAGAGUGGCUUCAGACACUGCUGGUGCAAAACGCAAACGAGUUUCUGACACUGAGGAGGAAAGCCGGCCAGCUAAGCAUGUAGUGACUAGCGCCGAUGGGAGAGACACUGUACCGCAGCAUGAAACACCGACAGCGACCGACUUUAAACUCCUGCCAGGCACUCCUGCGCAGGAAGCAGAAACGAUGACUCCUGAAGCGGAGACUGCUGUGCCAGAGGUGCCUGAGGACACCAAAAGUCCACGUGAUGGCGUAGAGGCCAUUGAGGAUAUGCCUGGGCAGUCUGAAAGCGGCACAAAUGGUGGUGCUGAUGGAGGAGUUGUUGCAAAGGAGGGCCGCACAUAUGAGACUGGCUUCUCUGAAGGUGCAGGCCCUCCUGAUGAGCAUGUGGACCAGCGAACUCCAAACGAGUCAGCAUAUGAGGUGGCACACCGCUCUGGCACACCGCUUCAAGCAGACACGCAUUCAGCUGAUGCAAGCGCUGACAGGGAAGGAGGAACCAAUCAGGGCAGGGGAAGUUUUCCAGACAACGGCGUGAGAAACAGUGUCAACAACGAUGAGGCUCUGUUGGACCGCACGUCUGUCAUCCUUUUGACACUAUCUCAAUUGGCCAAGGUGCGCGCUGGGCGGCCCCCAACCGAGGUGGAGGAUAACUUGAUGGCGGAGGCCUACGAGAAUGUCUAUCGCCUUGCGUCAAAAACGCUUCCAAACGAACUGGUGUCCAAACGGGCGAUUGACCACACACUGCGGAGCCUUGGUCUGCGUGAGGCUGAGGUCCAGGAACGUCCUGACGAGCAGGGGGAUCCCUCAGAGGCCCCAGAAGCCCGUAUCCCCAGGAAGGUCUCCCCCUCUGUGGCUGCGCUUACGGCUUUCGCGGCACAAGAGCUGCUGGCAAAGCAAACAGGCGCUCCCAGCCUUACGGCAGGCGGUGCUCAGCCGCCCGGAGCCCGCAGUCAAAUCACGCCUGCGACUGGUCCUUCAUACUCCCAGACACCCCCCUCCCAAACCCCUGCAAGGACCCCCCCGAAUGUUCGCUACGGCCCCCCCCUGGCCGGUCAAGUCACUCCCACGGAAGCGGCUGCCAUCGCAUUGGCAGCAGGGCAAGGCAAAGUCCUAACCGAAUUGGAUCAGCAACUCCGAGCGGCCGGUCAGCAAACGCCCUGGCAAGUGGGGAUCCCGACGGGGCUGCCGGACCGGAAAAGUGUGCAGAAGAAGAUCGAGGCCCACUUGCGCGAGCAACAGCAGCUGCUGACGCAGUUCCGGCAGGUGGAGCUGAUCGAGCAGCACGUCAGCGGAAAGCUAGCGGAGGUGCAACAGCAGCUGGAAGCUUACAUGGCGCAGGAACGCGAGGUGGAGGACCAGUCGCUGGCGAUGCUCAGAGAGGUUCAGCUGAAGCUGUCUCAGCUGCGGCAACAAUCGGUGGCCCUCCAGACGCACCAGCAGCAGCUGGCGAAGGCGAAGAAGACCAUUCUACAGAAGCACGUGACGAUUCAGACCGAGAAGCAGAUUCUGGCGACUGCCCCCUUCCUCUCCCCCCGCUCCUCCGUCGACUUUCCUGUCACGUGCCCCAUGUGCCACCAGCAAGAAACCGUCACCCACGCCAUCAUCGUCUGUGACGUCUGCGAGCGGGGGUACCACACACGCUGCGUUUUACCCCCCCAGACGCCCCCACUUCCGAACGACCAGGAAUGGGCCUGCCCGCUCUGCAAAGCGCAGGCACCCCCGGCUGCUCCUUCGGUGCCCGCGAGGUCAGCUGUACCGUUCCAGGGGGGUAGAUUUGCGGGCAGGGCGAGCCCCCUGGCCGUGCUCGCCGCGUCCCUGGGGGCGAGCGUUUCCACCGCGCCGGGGCGCGUUUUUCCGCCGGCGGGGGGAGCCGCCAAUCAGGGGACUUCAUCGGUCGAAAGGUCGGCGGACCUUCUUGGCAGCCGCGGGCGGCAGCGGCCGGCCGGCGAGGGUGACGUCAGCAGACCGCUCCGGGGUGACGUCAUCCGGGGGACCCCGGUUCUGGAGGGCGUCGUCAUGCAGCGGCCCGAGACGCCCCCGCUGUUGCUUCCGGCCGCCGAAACCCAUGCCCGGAACGGGGCCGAAGCGAGGCCUGAAGAGGGAGAUGGGGCUCUAGGAACGCCUGCUGACGUCAGCACCGCUCUCGCGCUUACGUCAGCGGGUCCAAGGUCGCUGACGUGGGUGGGGGGGGGGCUGAAGCAGGAGGACGGUUCGGUGCUGUAUCGAGAGUGCGUGCUGAACGGGCGGCAUUACCGAGAGGGGGACACCGUCGAGCUGCGGUCAGACACUACGGGGUCCCCCCCUUUCCUGGGAAGAAUACAGGCACUGUGGGAAGGCACCCUUCCCGGUGAGCAGCGUGUGCGCGUGACCUGGUGCUACGCGCCGUCCGACAUCCCGUCCGAAGUGGCCACGCCCGAGGCGUCCGGCGUCCGGGAGGUGUACGAGUCCAACCACAGCGACGACAACCCGGUGGGCUCCAUUCUGGGGCCGUGCCUACUCCUUCCUCAGCAGGCAUUUGAAGCGGAGUUGGAGCACCGACGGAUGGCAGGCAUCGGCCCUUUGUUCCCACCUCUGUAUUUGUGCAACUGGUCGUAUGAUGCCCGUUCAGGCAAGUUCUUGAUGAAGAACCAAAUGGCCUAGUCCAAUCUGGAGUCAAACUAAAGGGCCAAAACUGGUCUUCCGGGAUACAAGCGAGUCAGAGUGUUGUCGCAGUGGUGACUUUGUAGGCUGGUUCUUGAGGAGACAACCUGUCAACAUCCUCACGCUGUUCCUGUUUCUUUUCAAAUAAGACUGAAGUGUCCUAGGUCACUCG